GUCGCCAUUAAUCCUGUGUUUUGGGGCCUUGGACCACUUUCACGACCAGUAUCCAGUACCCGCGCUGACCUGUACCGAGUACGGGUGGGUCACAUUUUCCUCCGGAUUAUUUCACUUCUUUGAGGCGGUUUUCUGGCCAGUGUGCCUUUCAACGAUCAUCGAGCACCGAGCCGUCAGAAUGAAGCCCCUCCACGUCCUGUGCCUGAUGCUGAUCCUCAGUACUGUGGCGGGAUAUCCUAACCUAUCCUGGGAACGAAACGGGCCUAAAGGCGGUGAAUAUCGGGCAAAAGGCAAGGCAAUAGAAGAAGCAGACGAACAAGUCACCGAGGAAGAAGUAGAUGAUGAAGACAAAGAAGAAGCAAGUGACGGAGAAGAAGAAAAAGACGAUUAUGAGGAAUUUGAUGAUGAAGAUGAAGUAGAAUUACUGGAAAGAAGUGAAGGAGAAGAAGAUGUAGAACAGGGUGAUGAAGAAGAAGAUUAUGAGGAAUUUGAUGAUGAAGAUAAAGUAGAAUUACUUGAAAGAAGUGAAGAAGACGAAGAUGUAGAAGAAGAAGAUUAUGAGGAAUUUGAUGAAGAUGAAGUAGAAAGAAGUGAUGAAGUAGGAAAUGUAGAAGAGGAUGAUGAAGAAGAAGAUUAUGAGGAAUUAUAUGAUGAAGAUGAAGUAGAAGGAACCAAAAUUGGUGAUAGAAAGUUGGAGAAGAUCACCUUUGGUGGAGAAGGAACAGAACCUGGGAAAUUCCGGGGAAACUACGGAGUGGCCGUGUCUGCUGACAGUGAGGUAUUUGUGGCUGAUUACCUCAACAAACGAGUCCAGGUCUUCAGUAUGAAUGGGACUUAUCUCCGCCUCUUCCCAACUGUACUACCGGGUGAAAACAGGCUCAUGUACCCUUGCAGUAUUGGACAGGAGCCUGGCUACCUGUGGAUAGUGGUGAGAAGAGAUGUGUACAGUCGUGGUGUUGGGCAUGUCGUACAGUACAGUAAGAACGGUCAACCCAUGAAGAAGUUCGACGUACACUUCAUAAGUGAUAGUUCCAGUCCCGUCAUUACCAUAGACGCGCGCCACGAUAAAGUUAUCGUUGGAGAGGGGGAUACAAUCAUGAUGUUUCAUCCUAACGGCUCUUUCUGUAGACGAUUUAAACUGCCUAAAACACCAGGCACAUGGGUGGAAAUUAGAGGAGCCGCAACGGACAGAGAGGGAAAUAUCCUACUGACGGACUAUGCAGGCGUUAAGGUGUACAGUCAUUCAGGAGUCAAGAUUUUGGAAAUUGGAAUACGGUUUCCCUUAGGUGUCUGUGUGGACAGUUUGGGUCGCAUAAUCGUGGCAAACAGGGAUGAUAACCGGGUAGACAUGUUCACGCGCCGCGGGGAGUUUAUCCGCACUAUCGGGGCUGACAUUGAAGAGCCGUGGGCUAUCGCUAUGGGACCGGGUGGGCUACUGGUAGUGACUAGCAAACUUAGCAACACUGUAACUAUAUUUCCACGCCACAUGCUGUCUUUUUAA